GAGAGUGCCAGUUCAACGAAGUCCCACCCAAAUAGACUACACCUCUUACCUCCCCUGGACGUAAAGUGGGGGUAGAUACAUCACAUAAAGGGGUUCGCCCAAGACUAUGGAUACAUUUCUUCUCUAAUUUCAUUGAAUAUAACACAUUUUGGAAACAAUGCGAUCUGAAACUGGAAUAGUUAUUGCUGCCUUGUUCUGCAUGGGCUGCUGCGUGACACUGACAGCGCACAAGAAAGUGUGUCAGGGGAUCAGCAACAGGCUGACGCUGCUGGCGACUGUAGACGACCACUACAACAACCUUGUGAAGAUGUACAGCAACUGUACCGUGGUCCUGGAGAACCUAGAACUCACCUACAUCCAGGAUUACCACGACCUCUCCUUCCUCAAGUCCAUUCAGGAGGUUGGAGGAUACGUUCUGAUCGCCCUCAAUAAGGCAGCCAGCAUCCCUCUCGAGAACCUGCGUCUUAUCCGAGGACACUCCCUCUUCCUUGACAAGUAUGCCCUGACUGUAACAUCCAAUUACGAGAAGAAUCACUCCUCUGUGACCCUCAACUACACCAGGGGCCUGAGGGAGCUGAAGCUGAGUGGACUGACAGAGAUUCUCAAGGGAGGUGUGAAAAUUGCCCACAAUCCUUUGCUGUGUAAUGUGGAAACCAUCCAGUGGUGGGACAUGGUAAAUAAGGCCAUAAACCAUAGUAUGCACUUCAAACUGGAGAGCUAUGGCCGUUACUGUGACAAGUGUGACCCGGGAUGCUACAAUGGAUCAUGCUGGACCUCAGGACUGGAGAACUGUCAAACCUUUACCAAGCUGACGUGUGCAGAGCAGUGCUCUGGAAGGUGUAGGGGUCCUAAACCCAGUGACUGCUGUAACGAACACUGUGCUGCAGGCUGCACCGGCCCUAGGCCUACAGAGUGUCUGGCUUGUAGAGACUUCCAGGAUGAUGGCACAUGUAAGGAUGCCUGCCCCCCUACCAUGCUCUACAAUCCCAACACCCACCAGUUGGCUUCCAACCCUAACGCCAAGUACACGUUCGGGGCCACUUGUGUGAAGGACUGCCCACAUAAUUAUGUGGUGACGGACCACGGGGCGUGUGUCAGAACGUGCAGCGGCAACACACACGAGGUGGAGGAGAAUGGUGUCAGGAGGUGCAAGAAGUGUGACGGAAUCUGUCCGAAAGUUUGCGAUGGACUUGGAAUGGGACUGCUUACUAAAGUGUUGUCAAUCAACGCGUCUAACAUUGAUUCUUUCAAAAACUGCACCAAAAUCAAUGGAGCUGUUUCAAUUAUGCAGACAUCUUUGGAUGGUGAUAGGUACACAUCAACACCAAAAAUGGACCCCGCCAAACUGGAAUAUUUCAAGACUGUGAAGGAAAUUUCAGGGUUUUUGCUGAUACAAGCUUGGCCCGAGCACCUCAACUCUCUCAGUCCAUUUGAAAACCUAGAGAUUAUCAGAGGAAGGACCAAACAGUUUGGUCAGGUGAGUUUCGCUGCCCUCAACUUGGCCCAUCUGAAGUAUCUAGGCCUCCGCUCCCUGCGAGAGAUCAGCGAUGGCAAUGUUGUGGUGAAGAACAACCCCCAGCUCUGCUACACCAACGGAGACCACUGGAAGAGCCUGUUUAGAUUGGGCAAACAGUCCUCAACAGUGGGCAACAACGUCAACAUCAGCACCUGUGCCAAGCUAAACAGUACCUGUGAUGAGAUGUGCACUGACGAGGGUUGCUGGGGGCCCGGCCCCACCAUGUGUUUUACAUGCCUGUAUUACACCCGUAGGGGGCGCUGUGUACGGGCCUGUCACCUACAGGAGGGGGUGCCACGAGAGUAUGUACUGAAUAACAGGUGUCUAGAAUGUGACCCAGAGUGUAUGGUGAAUGGACCACAAAGCUGCUUUGGACCAGGCCCUGACAAAUGUUUGGCGUGCGCUCACGUCAAAGAUGGCCCCCACUGUGUAUAUCAGUGCCCACAAGGCGUUCUCGGGGACGGGGAUAGGCACAUCUGGAAAUACACAGACAAGAAGCGAGAAUGUCAGCUCUGCCAUGAGAACUGUACCCAGGGAUGCUCUGGACCUGGACUGAGUGGCUGCAGCACCAGAGGUGGUCACGUUUUGUCGGUGGUGGUGGCCAGAGUGGUGGGAGGCCUCCUAGUGUUUGUGGUCCUCGCCCUGGGUGUUUUUGUGCUGCUCCGCAGACGCCACCUCGUCAGGAAGAGGACACUGCGCCGUCUGCUGCAGGAGAGAGAGUUGGUUGAACCCCUGACCCCAAGUGGAGAGGCACCCAACCAGGCCCUGCUCCGCAUUCUGAAGGAAACUGAGUUUAAGAAGAUCAAAGUGUUGGGAUCAGGGGCCUUUGGAACUGUCUUUAAGGGCAUGUGGAUUCCUGAGGGAGAAAACGUGAAGAUCCCUGUUGCCAUUAAGGUGUUGAGAGAGGCCACUUCACCAAAAGCCAACAAGGAGAUUCUAGACGAGGCCUAUGUGAUGGCUAGCGUGGAGCACCCCCAUGUGUGUCGUCUACUGGGCAUCUGCCUGACAUCCACGGUGCAGCUCAUCACCCAGAUCAUGCCCUACGGCUGUCUGCUGGACUAUGUCAAGGAGAACAAGGACAACAUCGGCUCCCAGUGCCUGCUUAACUGGUGUGUGCAAAUCGCCAAGGGUAUGAACUACCUGGAGGAGCAUCACCUGGUGCACCGUGACCUGGCAGCCAGGAACGUUCUGGUGAAGACGCCUCACCACCUCAAGAUCACCGAUUUUGGACUGGCCAAGCUGCUCACCGCAGACGAGAAGGAGUACCACGCAGAUGGGGGAAAGGUGCCCAUAAAGUGGAUGGCACUGGAGUCCAUCCUUCACUGGACCUAUACACAUCAGAGCGAUGUGUGGAGCUACGGUGUGACAGUGUGGGAGCUGAUGACGUUUGGGUCCAAGCCCUACGAUGGCAUCCCGGCCAUUGAGAUAGCUGGAGUCCUGGAGAAAGGAGAGCGCCUGCCCCAGCCCCCCAUCUGUACCAUAGACGUCUACAUGAUCAUGGUCAAAUGCUGGAUGAUCGAUGCAGAGAGCAGACCACGGUUCAGGGAGCUCAUCUCAGAGUUCUCCAAAAUGGCCCGGGAUCCAUCUCGCUAUCUGGUCAUUCAGGGGGAUGAUCGCAUGUACCUGCCCAGUCCCACGGAACCUAUGUUCUACCGUAGCCUGAUCAGUACAUCAGAGAACAUGGAGGAUGCUGAGGAGUAUCUUCACCCCUAUAAGGAUCUCUCCACCAGACAGACCACCCAGCACCACAACUCUAGGAAUGGCCAUCCAAUGAGAGAGAACAGUGUGAUCCUUCGCUACAUCACAGAUCCCACCCACGGUGGUUCUCUAGAGAAGGACAUCACAGACCCCACCCACGGUGGUUCUCUAGAGAAGGACAUCACAGACCCCACCCACGGUGGUUCUCUAGAGAAAGAUUUCCCAGCUCUUCCAGAAUACCUUAACCAGAACGGGAACACCAGGCUCUCUGACGUCUUCAACCCCAGCUAUGAGGACCCCACUGAGCCAGCCUGGGCUAGUAGGCCCUCCUCUGGGUACGACCCGGACGUCAAGUUCUUCAACUUCCUGCCGUGCGUGCUGGAGAUCCCUGAGUACCACAACAUGGCCCGCAGUACCCUCCCUCGCUCCGUCUGCGAGCGCAUGGACAACCCAGACUACCAGGAGGACUUCCUGCCUCAGGCCACACCCACCAGAAGUCACUUCCUGCCUGCAGUAGAGAACCUGGAGUACCUCGGGUUGAGCGCUGCUGUACACGCCCCUGUACGCUAGGGGUUUCCUCCCACAGAACACAGGGACAGUGAGGGACUAUGGGACCUAAAGGAACUUGGAUGGAGACAGAUGUGGGACAUCAGGGAAGGGUUUGGAGAGAUUACAGUAGUGUGGUUGUGUGGAGUGAAUAGGCUUUUUGCGUCGUCCUUGGAUGUAAGUCAGCCGAAACCAAGAUGGCGUCUGUCAUGAAUUGAUGCUCCUGGGAAAUGUGUAUUCUAUUUCAAAUCCAUGAAGCAUCCACAGGUGAGUUUGGGUGACUUUCCAAUCAGAAGAAUGAGCCAAAGCCUUGACAAUACAAUUAUGUCACGCAAGUAAUUUAUUUGUACACUGUUGUUUGGUCAGUUCGGGUCGAGUGUGUGAAACAGUUGUUUUUUUAUUUGUCUUGCCAUGAAAUGUGAAUGUGGAGUGAACUGAGUACACACUGAGAUACUGACCAUUAAGGUCAGUGGUGGACCUUAUGCUUACAUUGUAUUGUGGACACAGUUUAUUAGAGCUUUUCACUGUUGUACACACUUGAAUACCAAGACUCAAACGAUUUUGGGUACCGAGAGCUACUGGUAAUUAAGAGGGUCAAUUCAAAGUAUUUUCAAAAAACGACACACAAAUGUACAGAUUGUGUUAGGCGUGCAUUGAUCUACACAAAAACGGUAAAUUAAUGGCGACAUAUUCAGGUCUCACUCUUUAUCUUAGAAAGAAAACUGGUCUGUAAGUCUUAACUCUUGCUAGUAUUAAUAAUUGCAAUAAGGAUUGAAAACUGGAAGAGCACAAAUAGACACUAUAAAAGAACUCUAUGGGUGGAGAACGAUUAAAUGAAGGUGUGGCGGUGUGCCGUAUUCUGACCUUGAAUUAACCCCUCCCCCAUUCAUGGUUUCCUAGCUUUUAAAGAUGGUGGAAUUAAUUAAAGUUCAGAAUACGGCGUGGAGAAAAAAAAUACUAUAUAAACACAAAUAUAUAUAUAUAUAUACAGUUUUUUUUUUUUUUUUACUAAGUCUGGCUUUCAUCUUACUCUUGAAAGUUGUAAUAGUAGAUGCACAAGGAUAAAUGUCAAAAUUGGGUAGUAGCAUCAGUUUUCCUCUUGUCAGUCAUUGUAUACCUUGCGAGCUAUUUAUAACUAAAGUCAAAUGUCCAGAUCAACUAGACCGUGUCAGCUAAAGUGUUUUAGCUAGCUUUUUUUGUCUAAGAAAAAGCAUGAUCUGGCGUAUAUUCUGAAAAAAAUAUUUAGUGUAGAGGCGCAGACUAAGGACGAAUUAACUGUAAGCUAUAAAAAUGUAGUUUAUAUAUGAACUCCCAGUAACUUAUUGGGUAAAACAACAGGGUCACCCUGAAGAAGGCAGAGUGAUGCCGAAACGUUGGUGGUUUACCCAAUAAAUUACUGGGAGUUUAUAUAUAGAGUGUGCAAUUCUUUAUUUUUAUAGCUAAGUUUUUUAGCUCAUAGAUUUUGUUGUAAUGUUUGAGUCACUCAAAUCACAUGAAUAUACAUUAGGCAUGACAAAAUGUGUAGAAUUGCAGGAAAUAAACUUUAAACCUUACAUUUUAUUUCAGCCAACAAGAGGGGAGUGAGCAGUUUCUCAUGAACAGUGCUUGUGCCCAUAGAAAUAGACAUGUUGUGCACGCAGGGGGGAUGCAGAUGUUCCCCAAUGCUGGAAGGGGGGCCUGAGUGAAAAAGUUUGGGAACCCCUGGUCAAGUGAACCUACCGGUUCUUUCAGAUAGAAAUAACAGCAUUAGCCAUGCAUUAUUGUUUACAACUUGAUAAGAGCUAGGUAAAUGAGUGAUCCGUUUGGAUAAGGGAAUUGUAAAUGACACUUGUUUUAGAUAAACACUACAUGACAAAAAGUAUUUGGACACCUGCUCUUCGAACAUCUAAUUCCAAAAUCAUGGGUAUUAAUAUAUUGCUGUGGGGACUUGCUUCCAUUCAGCCACGAGCAUUAGUGAGAUCGGGCACUGAUGUUGGGCGAGUAGGCCCGGCUCGCAGUCAGCCCAAAGGUGAUAGAUUGGGUUUAGGUCAGGCCAGUCAAGUUCUUCCACACUAAUCUCGACAAACCAUUUCUGUAUGGACCUCGCUUUGUGCACAGGGGCAUUGUCAUGCUGAAACAGGAAAGGGCCUUGCCCAAACUGUUGCCACAAAGUUGGAAGCACAGAAUCAUCUAGAAUGUAUGCUGUAGCGUUAAGAUUUCCCUUCACUGGAACUAAGGGGCCUAGCCCGAACCAUGAAAAACAGCCCCAGACCAUUAUUCUUCAUCCACCAAACUUUACAGUUGGCACUAUGCAUUAGGGCAGGUAGUGUUGUACCAGGAUCCGCCAAACCCAUAUUCGUCCGUCGGACUGCCGUUUCCACUGCUCCAGAGUCCAAUGGCGAUGAGCUUUACACCACUCCAGGGGAUGUUUGGCAUUGUGCAUGGUGAUCUUAGGCUUGUGUGCAGGUACUCGGCCAUGGAAACCAAUUUUAUAAAGCUCCCGACAAACAGUUAUGGUGCUGACGUUGCUUCCAGAGGCAGUUUGGAACUUGGUAGUGAGUGUUGCAACCGAGGACCGACGAUUUCUACGCGCUUCUGUCAUGUGGACUGUUAGCUCUUGUUAACAGCAGAUACGUCAGAUUAUUUGUGAAAUUUCUACUUGUCUAACAAAUCCAUUUUUUUUAUAAUGGAGAUUGUUUUAACAACCUGGAUUUGUCUCUAUCCUCGGGUUGAACAUCCACAUGUGAAUUAAUUUAUGAGUGUACAGUACCAAUUCAGAUGUAUUUCCCCAGAAAUCAGCAGUCUUAAGCAAUGUUAGGAAAAAGUUAGCUACUUGUACAUAAAUGAACAUUCCCUGGAAAUCCCUUCAUUGUGACUCCAUUCCUUUUGUUAAACCUAGAAUUCAUAGGCUGCGUUAACACAGGCAGCCCAAUUCUGAUAUUUUUUACGCCACUAAUUGGUCUUUUAACUAAUCACAUCAGAUCUUUUCAAAUAUCUUUUUCCCGGGAGGGGUGACGCAGUGGUCUAAGGCACUGCAUCACAGUGCUAGCUAGCUGUGCCACUAGAGAUUCUGGGUUUGAGUCCAGGCUCUGUCGCAGCCAGCCGCAACCGCAAGACCCAUGGGGCGGAGCACAAUUGGCCCAGGGUCGUCUGGGUUAGGGGAGGGUUUGGCCGGCAGGGAUGUCAUCGUCCCAUCGCACACCAGCAACUCCUGUGGCAGGCCGGGCGCAGUCCACGCUGAUGCGGUUGCUAGGUGUACUACGGUGGUUCCUCCGCCGCAUUGGUGAGGCUGGCUUCUGGGUUAAGUGGACAUUGUGUCAAGAAGCAGUGCGGCUUGGUUGGGUUGUGUUUCGGAGGACACACGGCUCUCGACCUUCCCCUCUCCUGAGUCCGUAUGGGAGUUGCAGCAAUGAGACAAGACUGUAACUACCAUUUGGAUACCACGAAAUUGGGGAAAAAAUGCGGUUUAAAAAAAGGGAAAAUACAACUAAAAUAUAUUUUUCAGAGCUGAUUUGAUUGGUUAAAAGAUAUUUAUCAGAAUUGGGUUGCCUGUGUAAAUGCAGCCUUAGUUGCUACAUCAAUUUUGUUUUACUUAAAUUAAUUACAUUGAUUCUUGAUGAAUAUAACUUAUAAAUGCCUCAUGAGUUUAGCUCAACUGUCGUACCACAUCAGAACCCCAAAUAAGCUUUUUACUCCAAUGUUUAUAAGCGGUAUACAUGUAAACAAACACUGUAUAACCUCAAAACAUGGUUGAAACUAUACUUUUAAAUAUCAUGGAUGGUCAGUCCUUGUAUCCAUUGCUCUGUCUAUGAAUUUGAGAGUGGUUAUAUUUCUCCAGGCCCAUCUCUCAUCUUUUUUCUAGCCGAUAACAGAGGCGGCUCAAGCACUGUUUUUAUGAUUGUCUAUGUUAUUACAGAGGGGUUAGAAGUCAGUAAUGCAAGUAGAAAAUAGUCGGUAAUUCAACUCAAUUUAAGCAGUUGGUAAUUGUGAGACAACUGCACGCUCACUGAGCCAACAGUGUUUGACACGUUACCAUGACGUUCUUCCUGUGUUUGUAUACUGUAUCUACUAGUAUUUGGUGUUUAGGAAAUCAAUUUUAAUUGUGCACUUCACACAUACAAAAGUACAACAUUCCACUGUAAUGCUAUGUCCUAGACGCUACAAUGCUUAAAAUAAAGGAAUGACAUUUUAAUUUCUUAAAAAGUCAAA